CGGCUGCAUGUCCGGGCUGCGGGCGCUGCUGGGCCUCGGGCUGCUGGUUGCUGGCUCGCGCCUGCCGCGUGUCAUCGGCCGGGCGGGCACCUGCCGCUUAGGUCCCACCUGGUGGGGGCAGCAGCGGCCGCACUCGGGGGGCCACGGUGAACCUCGGACAAUGGCGCACGUAGCGGUGAAGUAUCUGAGCCAGGAGGAGGCCCAGGCGGUGGACCAGGAGCUGUUUAACGAGUACCAGUUCAGCGUGGACCAACUCAUGGAGUUAGCUGGCCUGAGCUGUGCCACAGCCAUUGCCAAGGCAUACCCAUCUACGUCCAUGUCCAGGAGCCCCCCAACUGUCCUGGUCAUCUGUGGUCCUGGGAAUAAUGGGGGAGAUGGCCUGGUUUGUGCUCGACACCUCAAACUCUUUGGCUACCAGCCAACCAUCUACUACCCCAAAAGGCCUAACAAGCCACUCUUCACUGCUCUGGUGACCCAGUGUCAGAAAAUGGACAUUCCUUUCCUGAGUGAAAUGCCUUUAGAGCCCAUGCUGAUUGAUGAGCUGUAUGAGCUGGUUGUCGAUGCCAUCUUUGGCUUCAGCUUCAAGGGUGAUGUUCGGGAGCCAUUCCAGAGUAUCCUGAAAGUUCUAAAAGGAGUCACUGUACCCAUUGCAAGUGUUGACAUUCCCUCAGGAUGGGAUGUGGAGAAGGGAAACUCUGAAGGGCUCCAGCCAGACUUGCUGAUUUCUCUGACAGCACCCAAAAAGUCUGCAACACAGUUUACUGGUCGCUACCACUACCUGGGGGGCCGUUUUGUACCACCUGCUCUGGAAAAGAAGUAUCAGCUGAACCUACCCCCUUACCCUGACACUGAGUGUGUCUACCGUCUGCAGUGAGGGAAGGGGUGUGGGGAUUCUUCCCAACAGACUUAGUGCCUCCUUUUCCCAAAACUGUCGUGUCAUGGGAACACUUCCUGCAAUGAAGAUUAAUGAGUGGCGGGAACCA